AUGCUAGAGAUUGUUGUUGAGGAGCCUGAACAACAGAAAACUAUUCCACCAAGUAGGCCUUCAAAGGGCUUAGCAUUGCCCAGCACCAACAGCGAGAGUAUAAGCUUGCUAUUGAGGGACCCGUGCCCUCCCCACGGGACCAUGUCAGUCAUUGGUAGAAGACGUGAAAUGGAAGAUGUUGUUGCAGCCAUGCCUUUAUUCUUUUCUCUCCCCAAGCCCACAGUACUGUUGCAAAAAAACCUUACUGGAUUCGCAGCCCUUGUGCCUACUCCUCUCGACGUUUUUGGUGUCUAUGAUGGCCAUGGCGGAUCGCAAGCUUCACUAUAUUGUAAAAACCAUUUUCAAGAGGCUCUAGCUGAGAAGUUGAGAGAUGCAUCUUCAUUUUCCAGAGACUUAAGUUAUUGGAGCAAAUUCAUGUUUGCUUGCUUCAUGAAAAUGGAUAUGGUAGUUGGAGGUAUGUGUCCAAAUGGAGGCUGCAGUAGUAAUGGGGGUGUAAAAAUGAUUAAUGAUUGGUGCCAAAAUCCAGUUGCACCUGAAAAUAUGGGUUCUACGACUGUUAUAGCUGUUGUGAGCCCAACUCAAGUUGUUAUUGCAAAUUGUGGGGAUUCUAUGGCAGUAUUAUCAAGGGGAGGAAAAACAAUCCCUUUGUCUAAAGACCAUAAGCUCGAACGAGAGGAUGAAAUGGGCCAUAUUGAAGCUGCUGCCGAACGUGUUAUUUAUUGGAAUGGAUAUCGUGUUGGAGUCUUUCUCGCCAUGUCCAGGGCCCUAGGAGAUCGAUUCUUGAAACGGUAUGUGAUGUCUGAACCUGAAGUAACAUGUACAGAGCGGACUAAUAUAGAUGAAUGCCUCAUUCUUGCUAGUGAUGGAUUAUGGGAUGUUCUAUCAAAUGAUACUGUUUGUGAAGUUUCUAGAAAAUGUCUUGCUGGAUUUGCACCUCAUUGUUCAAAGGGUAUUACAGAAGAUACUCAUGUUGGUGCAGCAGCUGCUCUUCUUACAAAAUUGGCAGGACUAAACAUUUUGAGCUCCUGGUUAACCUACAAAUAUUUUGAAAUAAUUCUUCCUGGUGGAAAAGUCAGCAUUGAUCCAUGCUACUCUACAGAUUUUAUGGAUGCGGUGUUUGAGAGUCCUUAUGUGGAUCAAGGGGGAGGAUUUUUUGAACCUCCUCGAAGUGGCGUUCUAGGUGAAUUCAAGCUGGAUAAAGUAAGAGAAGAUGUAUUUGACCUAGAUCUGAUUUGGAGAUGA